AUGGCCCAAAUCCGUGGCACCGCGGGCUACAACCUCGGCCACCAAAAUCCGUUUGGCGGACCCGGUAGCGCAGAUGCCACCAACGAUCCGAGUCCGCUGGACGCUAUUCGUGAGCAGACAAGCAAGAUUGAGGACUGGCUGGACACCAUGGCCGACCCAGUGAAGCCCUACCUUCCCGCCAUCGGCCGAUUCCUCAUUGUGGUGACCUUCAUCGAAGAUUCGCUGCGCAUCCUCACACAAUGGAGUGACCAGCUCCUCUACCUCCGUGAUUUCCGCAAGAUUCCUUGGGGAAUCACCCAUACCUUCCUGAUUGUCAAUGUCAUCGCCAUGGCUGUUUGCUCUACUUUGGUCAUUGCCCGCAAGCGUACCGAAUAUGCCGUCGCGGGAUUGCUCGCCGUCGUCAUCACCCAGGGACUUGGAUACGGUCUCAUCUUCGACUUGAACUUCUUCCUUCGCAAUCUGAGUGUCGUCGGUGGUUUGCUUAUGGUCCUUUCUGACUCCUGGGUGCGCAAGAAGUUCGUUCCUGCGGGCCUUCCUCAGCUCGAGGAGAAGGACCGCAAGAUGUACGUCCAGUUCGCUGGCCGUGUUUUGCUGAUCUUCCUCUUCAUUGGCUUUGUCUUCUCCGGCGAGUGGAGCUUCUGGCGCAUUCUGGUCAGCCUGUUUGGUCUUGUUGCUUGCGUCAUGGUCAUCGUUGGUUUCAAGGCUAAGUGGAGCGCCAUUAUUCUGGUGGUGCUGCUGAGUUUGUUCAACGUGUUUGUGAACAACUUCUGGACGCUGCACCCGCACCACCCCCACAAGGACUUCGCCAAAUAUGACUUCUUCCAAAUCUUGUCGAUUGUUGGUGGUCUGGUCCUUCUUGUGAACAUGGGUCCCGGUCAAUUGAGCAUGGACGAAAAGAAGAAAGUCUACUAG